AUGUCACACCUCAACUACGAGACCCGUCUCCCACUUGGACAAGCCACCAUCGAUCACUUCAUGGGUCUUCCAGCCCAUCCAUCCAAGUGUCAGGCGACAUACGUUUGGAUCGAUGGAACCGGAGAACAACUUCGUGCCAAGACCCGUACGUUCGACGUGAAGCCAAAGUACGUUUCCGAGUACCCGGUCUGGAAUUACGAUGGAUCGUCGACAGGACAAGCCGAGGGUGACAACUCGGAUCGCUACUUGAGACCAGUCGCCGUGUUUCCUGAUCCGUUUUCGGGAGGACACAAUGUAUUGGUAAUGUGCGACACUUUGGAUAACGAGAUGAAGCCAACAGGACAAUGGGAAUACCAGAUUGGAACCUGCGAAGGAAUCGAUAUGGGAGAUCAGCUCUGGAUCUCCAGAUACAUUCUCCACCGUGUCGCUGAGAUGUUCGGAGUUUGUAUCUCGCUCGAUCCCAAGCCAAAAGUCACAAUGGGUGAUUGGAAUGGCGCCGGAUGUCACACAAACUUCUCCACGUCGGAAAUGCGCAAACCUAAUGGUCUCACAGCAAUCUUCGAAGCGAUGAAAGGGUUGGAGAAGACGCAUUUGGACGCAAUGAAGGUGUACGAUCCAAACGGUGGACAAGACAACUUGCGUCGAUUGACAGGGCGUCACGAGACCAGCCAAGCUGACAAGUUCACGUGGGGAGUCGCCAAUCGGGCUUGCUCGAUUCGGAUCCCACGUCAAGUCGCCGACGAGGCCAAGGGAUACCUCGAAGACCGUCGCCCAUCAUCCAACUGCGAUCCUUACCUGGUUACGGCAAUGAUUGUAAAAAGUGUGCUGCUCGACUGA